CAUUCGAGACUAUUGUCACUGAUACUAAAAAACCCUUCAUGGUGAAGAAAGAAUUCAGGAGUUUGAUGCAAGGGGAAGUCCUAGUAAAAGUCCUAGCUGCUACCAUCAACCCCACUGAUCGGCUCAUGGCCUUUGGCCAAGUUGAAGCACCUGGAGCUGAAGAGCACUUGCCUAUAGGACUUGGGUUUGAAGGGUCAGGGAUUGUUGAAGAUGGCUUUAGACCUGAAGAAAAGAAGCACAUAGGCACUCCAACUGCUAUAUUUAUAGAUCUUUCCCAUCCUAGCGAAGUGGCUGCUUGGGGACAAUAUGUAUAUAUGCAAACUAAGGACUUGAUACCAUUUCCAGUUGAGACUGAUCCUGAGACUAUCUGUGCUAUCGUUAACCCUAUUACCAAUUUCCCGAUGAUGCAAAAGAUUCAUGAGGGAAACCAUAAAGCUGUUGUUCAAUCUGCUGCUUGAUCAUCUGUUGGGAAAAUCCUUUUCAAGCAUUGCAAGAAACUUGGAAUUCCCACAGUCAACAUUGUUAGAAAGAAGGAACAAGUGAAGCUUAUGAAGGAUCUUGGUGCAAAAUAUGUACUAAACUCAACAAGUAAGACUUUUGAAGAAGAUUUGAAAGAUUUGUCUGAGGAACUAAAAGCCACUAUCUUCUUUGACCCUAUUGGUGGGGACUUUACUCUUAAGGUACUGAAGCUCCUCCCUGCUAACUCUACUGCUGUUUUAAUGGAUAAUCUUUCUGGAGGUUGAUUCGCUUUUGAUCCUCUUGAACUGGUCUUUCAAAAUAAGACAAUUUCUUCUAUAUUUUUAGAAGUUUGGAUGAAAGAUCAAUCUCCAAACAAAAUAGAGCAGAUUAUUUCUGAAAUUGGAGCCGACUUGACCUCAGGAGGUGAAAUCUUUGGGACUAAUGUCUACAAGUCCUUCCCACUUUCAAGUCUAGAUGAAGCUAUUGAAGCUUCAAUCAAGCAUUCUUCAAAGGGAAAAGUUAUCUUCAAGCCUCACUUGAUUGAAGAGAAACCAUCAAAACGUAACAUGUGGCGACUUUUAUGUUGUCUUGGAUAAUUGCC